AGUAACCCAAACAAUGAAUCAACUCUCAGGGUCAGCGUCACUCAAACUGCUGCAUGCACGACCUUCAUCUGACCUUGGCUAGAGGACAGUUUUACGUAAACUUGGAUUUAUUGGAGGUGUGACCUCGGUUUUUAGGUAUAAAUACUUUGAAAGAGUUGCUUCGUUUGCCUCAGAUUAGCAUCCAGCAGCAAGAUGUCCCCAACAAUGAUCCUGGUGCUGACAGCGAUGGUGACUUGUGGCUUUGGACAUCCACUUCAACCGGCCCAUAAAUCUGUUGAAAGCAGUAACUAUCUCAACAAAUCCUGGGGGAAUCUGUUUUCAAGCACUUCAAACUACACAAAUGUUUCGCAUAAUAUGAACAUGUCACAAACCAUCAAGAACAAAAUGGAUGGCUUUCAAGUGGGAGGAGACUCCCCAUCACAGACGGCAGAGAACAACACAGACGCUGUUUCCUCAUCAAUCCCCAGAAGCCUUCCACCUAUGCUGAAUGGUUGCCCCCUCCCCACCUGUCUGACUGACAACCUUGUCUCCUCUCUUCAAACUGGAGAUGAGAUUGCUGGCAAAUCCACAACUGAUCCCUUAGGAAACGGAAAGAAAUAACACCUCUGGAUUAGCUCCUCAGUGUUGACAAACAAUGUUCUUAAAGGUGCACUGUGUAACUUUUCUAGUUGAGGGUCAACUACCUGCUUGCCUCCAUAGAGAUUUUUUUUUUGUUUUUUUGGUCUGAAUAUGGCAUUAAACUUGCCUAGAUAAACAGGUGACACCCCAAUGCCAAAUUACAGAUAAGUUCUUUGGAAAAGCAACCCUGCUCAAAGUAAUAGCCAUACAAAAACAUAUGAAAUUGUAUAAAUGCAUGUUAGAUAUGUUUAAUGGCAUAUAAUCUGGAACAUUUCAAACAAAGCAAUAUCUCCACAGAGAUAAACCCCACUGGAAAAGUUACAUAUGGCACAUUUAACUCAGAGCUGUUUGUUCCAUUGUUUUCAUCAACAGGGUGUUAUUAUGGAUUUUGCAGAGAUUCCAAAUGAUCAAAAUAGCUUUGUUGUUUUGUUGUCUUUUACAGAAUCAGUUUAGCAUGAGGUAGAAAUUCUGUUACUCAUUACUCAAAUAUAACUAUUUUGAUCACACUAAAAUAAAAUAAUAGGUCUGUUUUUGACUCUCAAACUUGAGUAGGUUUCCUAGUAAACACACAGAUGUGUGUAGGCUGAUAUUGUUCAGGCAAACUAACAUACUUGGGAAGCUAUUUGUUAUGCUGCAUGAAUGUUAUUAUGACUGAUGUUAUGUUUUUA